UUUAAACUUGUGGGUCAGUUACAGUUUUCUUGGGGGAACUCUCUGCCUUCCUCUCUUUCAAAGUAAUCCUAUAAUGGAGAUGUACUCCACUACAAAACUCUCCCAGUUAAUCUUAGGAACCUCCCCAAGCUUUUGCUUUCAAAUUUAAAGCCUUGACAGAGAGGGGGAGAGAGAGAGAGAGAGAGAGAGAGAGAGAGAUAGCUCUUGUUGUUUGGUAUUUCUGUGGCAUUGGGUUUGUCGGUUAUACCUCUUUUCGCAACAGAAUGAGCGGACAAAAGAAAGAAAUCAUUCAAUUAGAGCGUGAAUCCGUCAUUCCAAUUCUCAAGCCCAAGCUCGUCAUGACCUUGGCCAACCUCAUUGAACAAAAUUCUGAUCGGACUGAGUUUUUAAAGCUCUGCAAAAGAGUUGAGUACACAAUCCGAGCUUGGUAUCUUCUACAAUUUGAGGAUCUGAUGCAACUGUACUCCCUCUUUGAUCCUGUGCAUGGGGCUCAUAAAUUGCAGCAGCAGAACCUAUCUCCUGAAGAAAUUGAUGUACUUGAACAAAAUUUCCUGACGUACUUAUUUCAGGUGAUGGAAAAGAGCAAUUUCAAGAUAACAAGUGAUGAGGAAAUCGAUGUUGCACUUUCAGGGCAGUAUCUUCUAAAUCUUCCAAUCAGGGUUGAUGAUUCUAAGCUCGACAAGAAGCUUUUGAAGAAAUAUUUUGCAGAGCAUCCUCACCCGAACCUUCCAGAUUUUUCUGAUAAGUAUAUUAUAUUCCGGCGUGGUAUUGGAAUUGAUCGGACUACUAAUUACUUUUUCAUGGAGAAAGUGGAUAUGAUCAUUGCACGUCUCUGGGGAUAUCUUUUAAGACUAACCAGGCUGGAAAAGCUUUUGAAAAGGUCAAGUGGACAACAUAAGAAAGAUCCAAAGAAGCAAGAUGAUAUUAACUCUGAAGCAUGUGGUGAUGAUCUAGUUGUUGAACGAAUCCGUCUCGAAAAUAUGGAACUAAGUGUAAGAAAUUUGGUGGGCAAGAUCACAAUUGAAGAACCUACCUUUGAUAGGAUAAUUGUCGUCUACAGGCGAGCGAGUACAAAAUUGAAAACAGAACGAGGAAUAUAUGUGAAGCAUUUCAAAAACAUUCCAAUGGCUGAUAUGGAGAUAGUUCUUCCUGAAAAGAAAAACCCAGGAUUAACUCCAAUGGACUGGGUCAAGUUCCUUGGGUCUGCUAUAGUUGGGCUGGUUGCAGUCUCUGGUUCAGUUGAAAUGCCUAAAGGUGAUUUAUGGGUCAUCUUUGCCAUUCUAUCCACCGUGAUUGGUUAUUUUGCUAAGACAUACUUCACGUUUCAGCAAAACUUAGCCUCAUAUCAGAACUUGAUAACUCAGUCCAUGUAUGACAAACAACUGGAUAGUGGAAAGGGUACUCUUCUUCACUUGUGCGAUGAUGUGAUUCAACAGGAAGUCAAAGAGGUGAUCAUUUCUUUCUUUAUAUUGAUGGAACAGGGCAAAGCUACAAGACAGGAUCUCGAUGCGCGGUGUGAGGAACUAAUAAAAGAAGAGUUUGGUGAGAGCUGUAAUUUUGAUGUGGAUGAUGCAGUUCAAAAGUUAGAGAAGCUAGGAAUUAUUGCUCGGGAUAGCGUUGGACGGUAUUACUGCAUUGGGCUGAAACGGGCUAAUGAGAUGAUUGGCACCACCACUGAGGAACUUGUCCUUAAGGCAAGACAGGGUGGUGGUACUCCUUGAUGCUGUCUUGCAAAAGGUGCUUAUUCUGCUUCAAAACAGCCUAUACAGACUUCUUAUGGAUGGGGAGCUUUAUGCAAUUUUAUCUCUUUUGUGUUCAUGUAAACCUUGUUUGUUGGCUUGAGAAACAUGACGUGAUCCAGAAUGUUAAUAGCCGGUCAAUGUUCAAUGUUGGUGUUCUUUGUUGAAUCUAUAUUUAUAUUUUGGCAACAUGUAUUUUAGUUUCUUUUGAAAA